AUGACGAAAAUUGUUGAAUUAAGACCUGAUAAAGAUCUGACAAAUUCAAAAUUCGAAAAGUAUCAAUUUUGUACUGAUGAAAUUCCAAUAGAUACCGAAGUAGAUUUAAAAUCAGAUGUACGCAGGUUAGAAUUAACAACAAAUCGAGAUUCUCUUCUGGAAACACGAUUAUUUGCAUUCCAUAAUCAUUUGUUUAAAAAUCCCUAUGAUACAUCAUGCUGGUUUAUAGAUGAAAACUGGUUUGUUUGGCGUUUUAACAAGGAUGGUUAUUUAGAACAAAUGCAUUUAAUUCAUGAUUCAAAGGAAAAUGUUCAAAAUUUGUUGUAUAAUCCAUCAAUUGGAUUUACUAGUAACAACAUUGUUGCAAUUUCUGAUGGAGGAGAUUGUUUGAAAUUAUUGAUAUCUGAUACUCAAGGACAUAUUAAGUCUUUCAUAUUAAAUAGUACAGAUCCUGGAGUUAUAUUAGAUGUACAAUAUGUAAGUAGUACGUCUAAUGUUAUUAUUGUAAUGUGCGAUAUUAAGAGUAAUUCUGAAAAAAAAUUUACAAGGCUCUUAUUACUAACAUAUGUUUGGAAAGAUAUAGGAAAUACAUGUGAAUCUUUUGACCUUAUUAAUAAAGAAGUUUUAAAAGUAAAUGGUGCUGUUGAAUAUGUAUAUGUAGAAGAUUGUGGUAAAUACUUGCAUUCUAUUUGUCAAGACUACGUAACUUUUGAAUCUCCAAAAGUACAAAAACCUGCUGAUAAUAAAAGAAAUAUAGAAAAAACUGGAGAAAUAAAAAUUCCAAAAUAUUGCUGGUCUCAAGAUGAGGAUUCAUUAACAGUGUGGCUUACAAUAGAUAAACAAUAUCAAGAGAAAGUUAAAGUACAUGUAACACCAUUGGAAUUAUCUGUGACAGUGAAUGACAAUAUAUUGAUACAAGGGCAAUGUCAACACAGAUUAGAUGAAAGUUUAACAACAUGGAAAUAUGAGCAAGAUACAUUUAAGCUUGAGUUAUAUAAGCAUGAAAGUGGUUUGAUGUGGAAUGAACUAAUCAAAGGUGACACUGGUGGAGAAUGUUUACCAAAUGAAACUUUAUUGGCACAUUUGUGUACAGAUCAAGUUGAUAGUAAACAAGAAGGACAACCUUGUUUGGGGUUUAAUUCAGAACAACUUGAAGAAUGUGAUCUUGAAGGAAAAGAUAAUCUAUUGCAACGAAUUGAUCUUGUUGCACAGGAAAAUACACACUUGGCUAUGCUUGGAACAAGUAAUCAUGUAUUGUUUACCUACAAAACAAAGUCUGGCCAAGCAAUAUGUCUCAGACAUGAUAAUGAUGGUUGCUUAUGGAUAACUGGCAAAGUAGAUGACACUAAAUGGAACAUGGAACAUUAUUAUACCUUUCCUGGUUUUGGUUAUGUUGAAGCAAGUAAAAGUAAUAAAAAAUUUUGUGUUUCUCCUGCUGAUGGUUCAUACGUAGCUAUACUUGAGCACACAAGAUACAUAUUUCUUUAUAAGAAACCUGAAGCAAAUGUUGAAGUUGGAAAACAAUGGAUUGUAGAUUUAGGUACUGAAACUUGUCCUAUCAUGGGAGCAGCUGCUACAAAUAAAUACUUAAUCGUUCUUAUUAAAAACAAACUGUAUCGAUUAAACAUUUAUCUUUAA